AUGUCGCUCGCCUCGGACCCCCGUGCCUCUCCUUUCACCGUCCAGGAGUUCAGCGACCUCGUCUGCUCCGCAUUCAACCUCGAGGAUGCAGACCUCUCUCCGCCGUCUCGCCGGCCUCUCCUCUCCUUCACUCCUCCUUCUCCUCAUUCUCUUGUCCUGCCUGAUGCUCGGGUGGAUCUCUCAGGCUGCUGCUUCGAGGGCGAGACGGAGGACGAGCAUCAAGACCCUCGUUCCCCCAGUCUGGACGAUGCCUCGCCCCAAUCGUCUCCACCUGGAAGGAGAUCGCGUUCCAGAACGAUUACAGCCCUCCGCGUGUUCCACCAAGUCCGUACUCGCGCCUCCGCCUUCGUUCUUCGACCACGUGCUCCUUCUGUGUCUCGCAACUCUCCCCCUCCCCUUCCUUUUGAGCCCCUCCCCCCGCUCUUGGCCAUUUCCCCCACCCUCAUUCCCACUCCCAUCAUCCCUCGCCCCCACACGCCCCUCAGCAUGCUCGACCUCAACCUUGACCACCCCGGCUCUCGCACGCGUUCUCGUGCGGAGAGUCUGCCCCGGUCGCUGCUCUUCAAACGUGAAACCACCCCGCCUCCGCUUCCGGUCCGCCAGUCGCAUCCCGGCACCUCCGCCGGAGUGCGCGACGCGUCUUUCGACCUCCGGUCGUUCUUCGACGACUCGCCCGUGAAGUCUAAACGCGCAUAUAGUCGCCCCUCCACGGCCACCUCCAUGUCUCAGGCGUCCACCAUCCACCCUCUUUCGCGCAUGGCCUCGUCCAAUAGUGCCCACGCGGUCCUCUCUGGGGAAGGCUUGCCGUCAUUCUUCGAAGACACUGGGUACCAAGUUGCCAAACCUGCCGCGCCCCACUACAGUCGUCCCACCACGCCGGCGGAAGGGCUAGGCCUGCGCAUACAUACUCGUCUUCCCGCGUUGCGCAAGUCCAAGAGUGGAGGGCAUGGUCUUUUCAGUCGCAGUCACCGCAAAGACGGCUCGAAGGGCCUUAGCGAGGACACAUCCGCUAGGCUGGGGAUCGAAGAUUCCGCUUUCUGGAGCGCGCACAAUGAUGGUCGCACGCCCUCCCCCUUCACUUGUCCCAGAGAAGUCCCUCCGAUGCCCAAUGCGCUAGCCCCCUUCGUGCUUGACAGCCCCGAGGACUUGGAGGCUCCCUUGCCGCCGUCGUACGUGUUCGAGAGACGCGGCAGUGCAGCGAGCAAUUCAACGGCGAGUACCAGGUCGAGCUCUAGUCUAUCCUCCAAGAUCUCUAGCAUCGUCGGCAUCGCUUUCCCGAGCAAGAUGCGUUUGCAUGCACGUUCCAAGCUGAAUCUCAACAUCGCGACUGGUCCGGACCCGGUUUCCGCGCAUUCUUCCCCUUCGACGUUGGGGUCGCUCUCCUCACCCACAACUCCGGUUUCUCCGACCUCGACGUUCCCACGCUCUCAGCCAUACGUGUUUCCUGGGUAUGCUGACCCACUUAGCCAGGACAACUCGUUAUCUGAGAUCGAAGAAGAUGCACUUGCUCUCGGCCGCGUUCUCACUCCGGAGGCGGAUCCGUUCGCGAAGGCGGACAUUGCGGUACCUAUCGAGGGGACGCCACGUCCCCCCACUCCUCCGGUGUCUCGUCGUGCCUCGUCACAAACAUCCCCGGCGACGGGUUUGUACCGGACGCCAACCUGGAACGAAGAGAGAGUCAAGGUUCCAGGACCGACCAAACGGACGAGAAAUAGUCUCCCUGCGUCGCCUGUAUCCUCCGCGUCCACGUUCCCGUCCACCUGCUCGAUCUACGGAGGGCGUGAUUCAAGUCCGCUCGCGCACACUCCCCCCACACCGAAGCACAACGGACCUCCUUCAGCGUGGUCGCCAUACAGCACGCCAGCUGCGUCUUCUUCGUCGCCGAGCUCUUCGUCGGCGAUUGCUUCCUCUCCUAGCCGCUCUCCGUCCUCUGCUGCGAAGUCCAGGCGGCGAGUUAGUCCUUCGUCACCGCCGUCCCCUACUAUGUCAGCAUUCCCGUUGCCUCCCAGAACGCUUCCGCUACAAUUCCCUCCGCCUCGUCGUGCGCUGCCCUCUAUUCCUCUUCCAUCACCCACGGCCCCUCCUGUCCCCCCGAAGGACUCCCCACUGUCCCGUGUAGCACGUGCGCACAAGUCGCUUCCGCCGUCACCGCAUCCUCUCCCGCCACUGGCAGGUUCCCCAGCUUCAGUACGCUCGCACAGGGAAACCGGUGCAACACGCUGGGACGAUCGCCACAUGACCCUCCUCCCUUUGAAGACGGACAUACGGGACCUGUUCGCAGAGGCGGAUGCUCGUUCUGGCGAUCGGGAUCAUCUAGAGGAGAGCUUCGACCUAUCGAGCUCUUCUUUGGGGGAGCCGUGGAAUGGUCUAGGGUGCGGAUCUAGUAUCGACUUGUCCUCCCCUUCCGCCAUGUCCUCAGGCUGGCAGAUCAGGCCUGUAGCUAGGAGGCGCUCCGUGGACUCGACCUCCACCAUCACCGGGUCGCCCGCUUCGUCCGCCUUGCACGACGCGGGAAACAGUUGGGAAGCGGAGUCUUCGACUACGGAAGGCAGGCCUCCAGUCCUCGAGGCCGACACGCAUCCUGUCAGCAUCCCCACGGACAACGAUUCCGACUACUGCGGCUCCGCCGUGUCGCUCGCGACUUUCUACACCGCGCGGUCGAGUUUGGGUUCGGAUUCCCCAGCUCACACCUCUCCAGUUGUCGACUUCGCCAUGGAUGCUAGGUCGUAACCCGAUGCUUCGAACGACUCGGAUUAUACACGGCGGCCCUCCCUCUCUCGACGCCACCUUUCUUGUCUCUGCUCUGAAUGUUAUCGCGUGCGCAGUAAUAGCAAGUAUACCUCUCGUAUAGUACAUAUCUCGGGCUGUCCCCUUCCGCUCUUUAUACGCGUAACUUAUCGUGUCAUUCUUUAUUUGUCACAUACUCUUUCCCUAAUAUCCUGUAAAACGUCAUAAGAAUCGGUGUACUUUAUAACGUACCGUAGGCUCCGUAGUCGGUACGUCUUGUGGAGGUGAAAUACGAGGAAGCGGUACGCGGAGCUCGCAGGCAAGCAUAAAUGGC